AUGGAUAUCCCUCGCCUGAUCAAUACCAUUGGCUGGGGUGACAUCCUACCUAAUCGAAACUUCGGGUUUCGACCUGAGGCUGUUCGUAUGUUCUAUACUAAUAUGAAGCCCUGUCUUCACAUCUCUCCACCAUGUUUCACUACUAUAGUGUACAACUAUCUUAUCACACUCAAUGUGGAGUUGGUGUCCUUGCUUCUUGGGAUUCCUGUCUGUGGUGCUGAAGUCAUGAAUGAACUUGACUUUCAUUCAGUUGAGUUCAAUGAAGGAGAUGCCUUGCGGCUGUACACUAGGGAUACUGGCCGGUACUAUCCUUCUGAAUUUCAUGCUGGGAGACUUCCUGAUGAUCUCAAGGUUCUGCAUUUUUACAUCACUAGGUUGUUCCUUCCUCGUUCGUUUGGCCUCAAUACUAUUUAUCCAUCUGAUUUAUGGAUUCUAGCCAGUGCCAAGGAGAAUCGAGUUAUAAGCUAUCCCCAUUUGAUGUUCGACCAUAUGUUGAACUAUCAUGCUGAUAACUUUGAAGCCGAGCUUCCUUUUGCUCCACAGAUCACUCAGAUUCUGUUGGCAUUAGGAAUUGACUUAAUGUUCAAAGUAGCUCGUGUGGACAUGCUUAGCUCUCUUCGUGCUCAGUUCAUUCUGCGCAAGGUAGAUGCCUCGGUUGGUCGUAGAUGCCCUCUAGUCAAUGCUCCAGGGGGAGACUCAGCUGCCCAUGGGUUGCCUGAGGAUGGUCUCAGUCUUGCUGACCUAGAUGGGGAUGAAGCAGUGAGAGAACCGGAGAUACGUGUCAGAGAUAAUGGCAAGCGACCUAUGGAGGAUCCGUUAGAGGCUGUUCAAGCCAUGUUCAGGCAAGAAGAGGCAAGCAGCAGCAGGACUAUGAUGAUGGAGGAAGAAGAUGCAAUUUCUGACUAUGUUCCAUCACCAAAGUUUGAGUUUUAA